AAUUUACCGGAUAUAGAAAAAUGCAAAUUAGGGGAAAUGUAAUAUUGAAGAGUUUGGUAAUAAAAGGAAAUAAUUAAUUAUUCCUUAAAUAUAUGUAUUAUUUAAAAUGUAAACUAAAGAACAUAAUUAGCGCUACAAUUUGAACUUUUUGAAAUGGUGGAUUUAUUAGAUACAAAACAGCGAUGGUCGAUAACAUUUCGGGGAUACUGUCUGGUAACACUUCUCUUCGCCAUUCUUUAAUUUUUGUUUUGAUUGGUGAUUUCAGGCAGGGAUUAGCAUGGACGAUCCUCUGAAGCCGAAGCCAGUGCCGCUGGCCGCCGAGACGGUGCUCUGGUUCGAGUUCCUGCUCGAUCCCCAUAAGAUAACACAGCAUUUACAGCGCCCGCAUCCCGAGCCCAAUGCCAUGGAGCUAAUCAUGCAGUUCAUUAGCAUGACGCCGGACACGGCGAUGACAUCCGUGGUUACGCCUGGCAGCGAUUUGCAGAAUCUAAACCAGGUUCCUCCGAAUUCCGGACCCAUUCCCGGCGUGGUUGGUGGUGCCACUGCGCCCUCAACACCUAAUGCCCCUGGUGGAGUUGGCAUGCCACAUAGUCCACCAGGACCAGUGGAAAGUGGUCUGAAACUGACCCGAAAGCAAUUGGCUCUCAAGAUCCUUGAGCUCAAAGUGGCCACCUGGCUGAAGUGGGACCUGGAUGCGUUAGAAAAGAACCUGCCUGUGAUUAUGCAACUUGCCCUGUUGCGCGAUCUGUGCACCAUAAGCUAUGGCCUUCCAUUUAGUAUUCCCCUUCCUAGUGACUUUGACCUAAAGACUUCCAAUGUCGGCAAUGAAAGAGCAGCGAGAUUUGCCUUGACCAUAUACCACCGCCUGCUGCUGCGAAUGCAAUUGAUCAAGGAACAAGCGCUUAAAGCGCCACGUCCCCAAAAUACAAUGUACCAAACUGUAGACCAACUGCAGCAGUUUCUGGACUCCCCAACCCAACCAUCCAUCGAGUAUUUGCAGCAGCUCUGUACCUCGGCAAAGCCCUUCUAUGUAUUUCAUUACGAUAGCUUUGUCACGCUGCAGUGCGAUGAUCUUGGCACUGGUCAGAACUACGAACUUAUGCACCUGAUUACACCCCAGGAACUGAGGGCACAGCUGCACUAUGAGCUGGCCCAAUAUUACCUGUACACCAAGCAGUAUGUUUUGGCCCGAGAAGCGGCCGCCGCCUGCAAUAGUAACCUGCAGUCCAUCACGCCACAGACAACGCUCUAUUUCUGCCACAUACGACCGACGGAACUCGAGGGCCUGCUACAAGCGUGUGGAAUCAGCGCCCAGGAGCAAACACUCUUAGAAAAGUUUCAGCAAUCUCUGCUUAACAGCUAUACAGAUAUUGUGCCCAUUCUGAGGUUAGACAACAAAGCACGGGAGAUUCCUCUAGUGAACCGGCGGCAACUGGAACUUGACAUCGAGGGCUCAAUAUCCACGGGUUUACUCAAGGAAACAGUUCAGCUGCAACUGCAGGUAGCCGCCUUGAAUGUGGUGCGAAACAUCUUCGAGUGGGGCAGCAUCUUUGGUAGUGUGGAGUACUUUGAGAAGUACAGGGAACUUGACUGUCUCCCGCCUCUAGUGGAGGCUUUGCAGGAAGUUCUGCCCCACUGCAGUUUCAAAGAACAGGCUGCACUUAAACACUUUCUUAUCGACUGUUUGCUACAUCAAAGCUCCCAGCCACGACAAUUGCUGCAAACUGUGCGAGGAUUUGGACUAUUCUCAGCAGAUGAACUACAAGAUCUCGACGAACAGAUGCUCCAGGCGGCGCCGCCAGUGCCCACCAACUCAUUAGCAUCACUAACCGACUGGAUGUGUCACUCUAAGAUGAGUCGAGUGGACGUGGGAGCUCUGGAGCGUCAACUGAUUAGCUGUACUAAUGCCAAUACAGUAAGGAUUCUACUGGUGAAACUAUGUGGAACUGCUCCUGGCAAACCCUUGUGGGCCAUUAAUCCCAGUUGGGAUGUUCCACAGCCUCUGAAAACACUUAUUAUGGCCAUGCCAGUGAGCUUCCUACAAGACUUUAGUUAUGUUCUGCUGGGCAAAUCGCGGGAGUUGGCGUUAAGAGGCAAUUACAUCGAGGCCGUUUCGAUGCUAAGCGUUCUGAAGUCAGAAACGCAGCGCCAAGAGAUGGCGGCAAAUGUCCAGCUGAUGUGUAAGCUUCUCACCUGGGAAAUCCUUCACAUCCAAAUAACACAAUGUCUGGAGGAAUGGCACCAGAAACCGUUGGACCUACAGUCCAUGGGAGGAAGAUGCAAACAAUGUCUAGGAGCACUGCAAGCGGGUGAUUCAAUCAUCCCACGACCGGAUAUCCUAGAGAGCUGCGCCAUCAUGCUGCUUAAUCUUACGGAAUUCGCACCUCUUUUAUACCUAGACAAACGAACAGCUCCUUUGGAACUGUCCCUAGCCUUUGCUGCCACCUUUAUUGAGAUGGAAAAGAUGAAAGGUCCCAAGAAGGUGUGCCGUGAUUCCUGGGAACUGAUGCUUAGCAUGUUCCCCACCGCUCCAAAGCGCGGCUAUACAGGAGUUAGCUGUAUCAGAUCACUGCAGGCUUUCCUGCAGCGAAUCCGGCACCAAAGCGUUUUCGGUCUUGCUAUCUCAAUGAUAGGCAAGAUCCACAACAUCCUCAAGGACGACCCCAACCAUGAUUUAAGCUGCGAGUACAUGCAACUGUGGCCCACCAGCAUUAACAAUCCCGUCGGCUAUAGUUUAAGGAGCGUUUGUGAGACCCUACAGUGGCUUCUAUCCGAGGCUCUAUCCUUCUAUCCGCAGACCAUUUCCUGGUUAAAAAUGAAGGGCGAUCUGGAUCUGGCUAUCGGCAACAAUGAAUCCGCAAUGCGCUGCUACGUAAAUGCUCUGGUCACUGGUACGGAUUACUGCACUAUGCCGCUUCAGAGGAAUGUGGCUGACGACUAUGUCAUACGCAAAAUGAUUCGAUGUGCAGCCAAUCUGGGCUGUCAUAUGCAGGCUACCGUUCUGUGUCAGUUUCUUGAUGAGAUCGACUACGGCAUUGUAUUUAAGAAUCUCAGCGAGAAAUCGUCGAACUUUACGGAUGCCAUGGAUGCAUACUACAGCUGUAUUUGGGAUACAACGCUACUGGAGUUCAUCGUUAAUCUGCAUGCGAAACGAGGUGAACACAGUCGGAAACUCGAAGCGAUAUCUAUGAUGGGCACCUUAGAGCUGAAUGCGAACAACAACGAGGAAAUCAAAAGAGAGUGCGCUAUGGUGCGGAAAUCACGAUUCUUGCGCGCCUUGGCCAAGCAGUAUUUGCUGUAGUCGCAGCCACACAGUCCAAACUCACAUUCAAAAUCCAAUAUCCAUAAUCCAACAUCCCAACCUCACCCGCGCCCUCAAGCAGACCAACUAGCAUUAAGCUCAAAGAUGUAGUUUUUAUUGUAUGCAUAGGCUUUAAAUAUGGUUAAGUUAAAAUUAAAGAAUUGUACGUUU